UACAUGGAGAUCCAGGCAUUCACGCAGUCUGAUGAGGAGCUCGCGGAGCGGUACGCUCGCCUCCAGCAGCAGGAGCAGCAGAUUUCGAAGGCGAACGCUCACCUCCAGCAGCAGGAGCAGCAGAUCGUGGAGCGAUACGCUCACCUCCAGCAGCAGGAGCAGCAGACUUCGAAGGCGAACACUCGCCUCCAGCAGCAGGAGCAGCAGAUUUCGAAGAUGAACGCUCGCGUCCAGCAGCAGGAGCAGCAGAUUUCGAAGAUGAACGCUCGCCUCCAGCAGCAGGAGCAGCAACCUGCGAAGGCGAACGCUGCCCUUCAGGCACGGGAGGAGCAG